AUAAGUGCCAUCUUUUUAUUAUUAAAAUUGCUAAAUCAAGCUAAUUUCGUAUAUUUACUUAUACAUAUUUUAUAAACACCUUAUAUUGUACUAAUGAGAAAAUUAUUAAAAACAUACAAUGAAACAAAACAUAAAUAUAGUGGAAGUCGAAGCUUCAGAUCUAAAACUAAUUCCAUUAGAAGAAAAAUGCUCCACAAUAACUGGAAGUAAAUCAUCAAAGAAAGGAAUCUUUAAUCAGAUUCUAGUAACAGGAGUUAUGCUAAUAUAUGCCGCAGCGUGUGGAAUGCCAAUUGGAUACUCUGCAAUAUUAUUACCCCAAUUAUACAACACAACGGGAGAAUUAGCGAUUGAUAUUGAAAUGGGCUCAUGGAUUGCAAGCAUUCAUAGUUUAGCAACACCAAUUGGUUCUUUUACAUCAGGUCCAUUAUCAGAUCGUUUUGGACGGAAAACUAUUCUUUUAUUUAAUACCAUACCUUUACUAUGCGGUUGGAUUUCAAUGGCAAUGGCUCAAUCGCAUAUAAUGCUUCUUGGCGGUAGGUUAUUAGCUGGAUUCGCAGUAGGAGUUGCAGGACCGCCGGCUCAAAUAUUGCUCGCAGAGAUAGCAGAUCAAAAUAUACGCGGAGCAAUUAUUGGUGCACCAUUCGUUUCAUAUUCUAUUGGGAUUUUGUUGAUCUAUACCUUAGGGUUAUUUUUAAAUUGGAGAACUGCAGCAUGGUAUGCGACAAUAUUGCCAAUAUUAACAGGAAUAACAAUCCUUUUUAUACCAGAAAGCCCAACAUGGUUGAUACGAAAUGGUAAAUCGGAAAAAGCGAAGAAAACAUUAAGUUGGAUACGAAUGGAUCCUUUUGCAGCAGAGCAAGAUUUCUCCAACUUAGUAAAAAGAUUUGAAUCAGAAAAAAAAAAUUUAUUAAAGGAGAACGAUGCUAUGUCAACCAACUUCCUCAACACGCUGUGUAAACGUGAAGUAGUAAUACCAUUUUUAAUAAUAAAUAUUUUCAAUUUUUUGAUAAUAUUUUCGGGGACAUACUUAAUAAUAUUUUACGCAAUUGAUAUUUUCAUUGAUAUUGGUGGUAAUAUAUCAACUAUGCAAGCGGCUAUUAUAACAGCAUUAGUUCGUAUUCUUUGCACAUUUAUUUUUUGCUUUUUAUUGUUCGUUUUAAAGCGUAAAACUAUAAUUAUCAGUUCUGGAAUUGGAUCUGGAAUCAGCUCACUAUUGUUAAGUGUUUUCACAUUAGAUAAAUUUUGGAAUUCAAGUUCUCAAGCAUAUAGUACAUAUAUUUUAGCAGCUUGUAUUGUCGUUUAUAUAGCAUUCAACACCAGUUUUAUGGUUAUGCCCGGUAUUAUGAUUGGGGAGUUAUUGCCGUCAAAAGUAAGAGGUCAGAUAGCUGGCUAUAUUUUUGCUUUAGCACAUAUUUCAACAUUUUUAGUAGCAAAACUUUUUCCGAGAAUUAAACAGUCUGUUAAAAUCAAUGGAUUAUUUUUAAUUUUCGGAAUCGCAAGUUUUUUACUUGCUUUGGUAAUGUUUCUAAUUUUGCCUGAAGCAAAAGGUAAAACACUUGAAGAAAUUGAAGAUGAAUUUAAGUUUUUUAAAUUUAUUUGGUCGAAAGAAAAUAAGAAAAAUAAAGCCAAUGAAGAAAGUCAAAAUCUUAGUAAAGAAUGAACAUUGAAUAAUUAUAUAAUAUUACUUGUAUAUUAAUAAUAUUAUUUAUGUAUUUUUAAGUUUUUAAACACUUAUAACUGCCUUAUAUUUAUUAUAAUUUUAUGUACUAUUUAUUUAAAAUGUAUUAUAUUCUUUACA